AAUUUAGCUUCAAACUUCACUCAAAUUAUGGCCUGAAUAGAUAUUUCAUAAUAUUAUUGGUAGUAGUUAAAGUUUUAUUUUCAAGUGAACAUUUUUUAUAUCAAAUUACCGUGAGAAGUGUUUAUAUCUUCUGUAGUAAUGUAUUUCCUUUUAUGACGGUGUGUGUAUAUAUGUUGACUGCUAAUGGUGACUGGCAAGGUGGACGGAAGAAGCCCACGAGGUAGAAGACUUGUAUGACAUGUCACCGGUUCGUCGGCUGCCGGUGAUAUUUGUUAACGGCGUUCCCGGAGCCGGGAACCAGACAGUCGCGGAGACGAUAUCCGACAUCACAGGCUACAACAUGAUCCGGCCUGGCGAACUGGAAAGAGUUGAGGCUACAAGGGACACGGUCAGAGGGAGGAUGGUCGCCGAAAAGAUUCGAACGCUCGAGGAUCUACCUGAACAAUUAACGGUAGAUCUGAUUAAAGAAGAGAUGCUAUCGCAGCCCGAGGCGAAAGGCUUCAUCCUGGUCGGCUUCCCCAGGAACUCUCGGAUGUCAGAUAUAUUCAGUAGACAAGUGAAAUGGCCGGAAAAAGUCGUGGCGCUCGAAGUUGACAAUGAAGUGGCCGCCGCAAGGUUACAGAACAAACUAUCGGAACUGGGCAGGCCGGAGUCGGAGAUUAACGCGGCUCGUCAAAUAAUCAGGGAUGCCGCGCAUAAAGUCAAAAACGUUCAGAAGAGAUUUGCUCGACACGUGGUCACGGUCGACAGUACCGACAACCGUACCGCCUUAGCUUCAACGCUCAAAGAGAUCUUGUCGGACACCAUGGAGAAGAAUAAGCGACCGGUUUCGCCAGAGCCCCGGCCCCCGUCAACGGUUUCGGCGCCCGCCGUCCUGCCCCCCAGUGCGGAAGUUCAACCUACACCAGACACAGCUGACGAAGGAAACAAAUGAUUUUUUUUAAAUUAAUUUUAGAAUACGGCCUCACGAAGUUUUCUCGUAGAGCUGUUUUUGUCACGUAUUUUGGUGUUUAAUUAAAUGUA